UGGCGGAAAUCCCGCCCCCUCCGCGCUCAGCCUCACGGGUCUGGUGGAGCGAAAAAACGGGGCUCGGGCCUUGGCGGAGCUGGGGUUGUAAUUAUUUAGAGUGAGGGGUUAAUUAGUCCUGGGUAAGGAGAGACGGUGGAGGCAGAGGUUGUUCCUGAAGGGUUUUUGUGAGAGCUCUUUGAAGGGUUUGUCAGGAAUAGAAUCUGGUCUUGGAGUUCCAGCACCAUGCAGAGAACCUCACGACUAUCAAGGGAGCUCUCUCUCCUGGCCACAGAGCCACCUCCAGGCAUCACCUGCUGGCAGAACGGGCAGCUCAAUGACCUGCGGGCACAAAUUUUAGGAGGUGCAGACACACCCUAUGAUAAAGGAAUAUUCAACCUGGAAAUCAUAGUUCCUGAAAGGUACCCAUUUGAGCCACCAAAGAUUCGCUUCCUGACCCCCAUCUACCAUCCUAACAUUGACUCUGCUGGAAGGAUUUGCCUGGAUAUUCUUAAGUUACCACCGAAGGGUGCAUGGAGGCCUUCCCUGAACAUCUCCACCCUGCUGACCUCCAUCCAGCUGCUGAUGGCAGAGCCCAACCCUGAUGACCCCCUCAUGGCUGACAUAUCCUCGGAGUACAAGUACAACAAGCAGCUGUUCCUGCUCAAUGCCAGGGAGUGGACUGCAAAAUACGCAGGGCAGCCGAGGGUUCCCAAGCCUUUGGAAGAGAAAAUCAACCAGAGUAAAACAAGUGCCAGCAGUGAAUCGAUCAAGCAGAAAAGAAAAGGGGGUAACAUCAGCAGGAAGGAGAAGAAAUCCCGCCCAGAUUCAUGAGGUGCUUUUGUUCUCUUAGGACUGUCACUGUUCCCUUCCCCUUACACAAGUACAAGGGAUGAGCCUGCCUUUAAAGGGCUGCACCACCUUUGGGUUUCUGUUUCCUAGGUCUGCUUUUUUUUGUGAAAAGUUCCAUUAUGUUAAUAAAAGAUAAAGCUUUCAUUUAUGGUUUUUUUUCCUUUUUUUUUUUUUUUGAGUGGAGGUUUUGGAAUAUUUGAAAGA